AUGACCAGACGCAGCGACGGAAAGGUUGGCAUCUGGACUGACUUUGUGACGUCCCUCGAGUCUGCCGCGAGCGUGCUAGCUUCUGGGAGUUUUAGGCACACCUGGAUCGUCCAGCCACCCUGGCUUCACCCAGAGGUAAACUGUGAUUACACCGCUGUCACCAGCACAGGCAUCUUGAACACCAUUACAAGCUUGUACGGUCAUGUCAUCACUGGGCGCUUAUCCUUGUCAAUGUUCCAGAUCCUUGAGAAGCUCAUAGGGGACUGCAAGGUGUUGCAAGAGAGUAUUAUUGAUAACGCCUUUCACCUACUGAUCGAGACGGCUACCGACAAGAUUGGCACGGAUGGCAUCGAUAGUGAGAUGUUCCUGAUCGGUCUAUACCAGUUCGCCGUCCAAGCCAACAGUCUGUGGCCAUUUCUGUCCAGGAAACCCGUCAUUGCGCUGCAGAAGAAGCUUGAGCCGAGGCUAUCUUGGGAACUCCUCUGUGGUCCGAUGGCCCAUGAUGAUACCGCCAGCCUGGCUGCCUUGUGCGAACGGCAAGGGAUUUAUGAUAACGAGUUCCAACGCGGACUCUUCCUCAACCUUGACCGGUUCAUGUUCAUCGACCUGGAGUUGAGGACGGUCCGUCUGAUCAGUCCAAUGAGGGUGACCUUUAGUGAUCUAACCGCUCGUCUGCUUGCUCCAAAUAGAGACGAUGACAUUGUAUGGCCUAUCAAAUCAGCCCAGGAUCUUGGUUGGUGGUUGCAAAAUGGUAAUCAAGUAGAAAGUCUGGUUCAAUUGAGUAAGUGA